AUGUUUAAUUCAUUAAGUAUUAUUGAUUGGAAUAAUGUUGAAUAUAAUAGUAGUAGCGUUGGGGAGACUUGUGGUAGCAGUGGUACCGCUAUAGACAACUUGACAAUUAGUGAUAGUUCAAGUUCAAAGUAUUUAUAUUUCUUAAUUGGUCCAACUUUAUUAAUAUAUAAAAGAAGUUUUAUAAUGAUCAAUAGAUUGUUUACAGAUGAACCAAAGCUAAUUAGAGUUAAUAGAUUCGAAAUUAUAGAUGGUCAAUGGAUUUAUAUAAAACAAUACGAAUACAACUCAACUCAUUAUUAUAAAAAAGAAAUAGAAUUCAACAUCAAUAUAGAAAUACCAAAUUCAUUAAUAUCAUAUAUAAAUUCGAUUUUAUCAAAUAAUAUAAUAUCCAAAUAUAAUAAUAAUAAUAAUAAUAAUAGAAAUAGAAUAAUUUUAAAUGAUGAAAUUGUUGAAAGUUGGAAAGUAAAUGUUUCAUUUGGAUCAACUGUUGGAAGUUAUACAAAUGGAAAUGGAGAGAAUAAUAAUAGUACAGGUAGUAUCGUUCUCACUGGAUCACAUUCGCGUGAGAGAACUGGCGCUGUUGAACACGGCAGAUCGCUGGCUGAUGGAUUUAAUUAA